UCUGGGUAACCUGGGAAGCAGAGGGCAAUAGUGGCGCCUUAAGAUAACCCUGUAGAGCAGCCGCGGUGGUGGCCAAAGGAAGCUGCUCGGGCCACAAGCAGCUGUAGGAGUCUGUGGGGCGAUUGGAGUGACCGACGCCAAGGCGGUUCAGUGCCUCUCGUGUUCUUAUUUUUUAACCUCUGACUAUGCAAUUCUGAAACCUCCCCCAUUCGGGGGACCAGACAGCCCGAUAGACACCUUCCACUCUCCUCCCGCCCUGGUCUCAAGAACAGAAGGAUCUCUCCCUAACGCCUUUCACCAUUAAGAGGAAAGCGAUGGAGGAGCUGAGCGCUGAUGAGAUCCGACGGAGGCGCCUUGCACGACUUGCUGGUGGACAGACCUCCCAGCCGACCACCCCGCUCACCUCGCCCCAGAGGGAGAACCCUCUGGGGCCUCCCAUAGCAGCAUCAGCCCCAGGCCCCUCCCAGAGCCUUGGUCUCAGUGUCCACAACAUGACCCCAGCUACCUCCCCAAUAGGUGCAUCAGGAGUAGCGCAUCGAAGCCAGAGCAGUGAAGGAGUCAGUUCUCUCAGCAGCUCGCCCUCCAAUAGCCUUGAAACCCAGUCUCAGUCUCUCUCACGUUCCCAGAGCAUGGAUAUCGAUGGCGUCUCUUGUGAAAAAAGCAUGUCCCAGGUGGAUGUGGAUUCAGGAAUUGAAAACAUGGAGGUUGAUGAAAACGAUCGAAGAGAAAAGAGGAGCCUCAGCGAUAAGGAGCCUUCCUCGGGUUCAGAAGUGUCCGAAGAGCAGGCCUUGCAGCUGGUCUGUAAGAUCUUCCGUGUCUCCUGGAAGGACCGGGACAGAGAUGUCAUCUUUCUUUCUUCUCUUUCUGCACAAUUUAAGCAGAACCCAAAAGAAGUGUUCUCUGAUUUUAAGGACUUGAUUGGCCAGAUUUUAAUGGAAGUGCUAAUGAUGUCUGCUCAGACCAGAGAUGAAAACCCCUUUGCCAGUCUGACGGCCACGUCUCAGCCAAUUGCAGCGGCAGCUUGGUCACCAGACAGAAAUCUCAUGCUCGCUACCGGCUCCAACCCAGGAACUAGCCCCAUGUUCUGCGGCGCGGGGUCCUUCGGCGCCAGCUCUUUCUCGAGCCUCUAUGAAACUAGCCCAGCUCCCAGUUCAAGUUUCUGGAGCGCGGCGCCAGUGAUGAGUCCGUCCUUUGCCUCCUCCCCUGCCCGUGCAGCCAGCCUGAUGGCUGGGCCUGCCACUUCCCUCGGCCCCCAUGCCGCGGCUCCUGGGUCUGCCGCAGGAAGCCAGCCCUCAUCUCCACGGUAUCGCCCCUACACCGUCACCCACCCGUGGGGGUCUUCAACUUCUCCUAUCCCGCGGUCCCCCGGCAUCUCCAUUCUGUCCAGCUCGCCCAGCCUCCCCGCCCUCGCUAGUAGCCUUCAAGCGGUGCCCGCCAGCUCUCCCAGACAGAGACCCAGCAGCCUAGGGCCACCUUCCCUGGCCGCAUCGCCCAGUGCCGCAAGCAGACGUCCCUCAGCUCUAAGGAUCUCUCCUAGUUUGGGAGCCUCUGGUGGGGCAAGUACCUGGGAUUCCUACAGUGACCAUUUCACCAUUGAGACCUGCAAGGAGACAGACAUGCUGAACUACCUCAUCGAGUGUUUUGACCGAGUUGGGAUAGAGGAAAAAAAAGCACCAAAGACGUGCAGCCAGCCGGCGGUCAGCCAGCUUCUGAGCAACAUCCGCUCGCAGUGCAUAUCCCAUACUGCGCUAGUCCUGCAAGGUUCCCUCACGCAGCCAAGGUCCAUGCAGCAGCCGUCCUUCCUGGUGCCGUAUAUGCUGUGCAGGAAUCUCCCGUAUGGCUUCAUGCAGGAGCUGGUGCGGACCACUCACCAGGAUGAAGAAGUGUUCAAGCAGAUCUUUAUCCCCAUUUUACAAGGCCUGGCCCUCGCUGCCAAAGAGUGCUCCCUCGAUAGUGACUACUUCAAGUACCCCCUCAUGGCUUUAGGUGAGCUUUGUGAAACCAAGUUUGGGAAGACCCACCCUGUGUGCAAUUUGGUGGCUUCUUUGCCGUUGUGGUUGCCUAAAUCCUUAAGCCCCGGCUCUGGGCGGGAGCUGCAGAGACUGUCCUACCUGGGGGCUUUCUUCAGCUUCUCGGUCUUUGCAGAAGACGAUGCUAAGGUGGUUGAAAAAUAUUUCUCAGGGCCCGCCAUUACCCUGGAGAACACUCGUGUGGUCAGCCAGUCACUGCAGCAUUACCUGGAGCUGGGAAGGCAAGAGCUUUUCAAGAUUCUGCACAGUAUUCUGUUAAACGGCGAAACCCGUGAGGCUGCUCUCAGUUACAUGGCAGCCGUCGUCAACGCCAACAUGAAGAAAGCACAGAUGCAGACAGAUGAUAGAUUGGUAUCUACGGACGGAUUCAUGCUGAAUUUCCUUUGGGUGCUGCAGCAGCUAAGUACAAAGAUCAAGUUAGAGACGGUGGACCCCGCGUAUGUACUCCACCCAAGGUGCCGGAUCACUCUCCCUAAUGAUGAGACGAGAGUGAACGCGACAAUGGAGGACGUGAACGACUGGCUGGCGGAGCUGUAUGGAGAUCAGCCUCCAUUUUCUGAGCCGAAAUUCCCUACAGAAUGCUUUUUUCUUACCCUGCACGCCCACCACCUCUCCAUUCUGCCAAGCUGCCGUCGCUACAUCCGCAGACUCCGGGCCAUCCGGGAGCUCAAUAGAACCGUGGAAGACCUGAAAAACAAUGAAAGCCAAUGGAAAGAUUCCCCGCUGGCAACUAGACACCGCGAGAUGCUGAAGCGCUGCAAAACUCAGCUUAAGAAACUGGUACGGUGCAAGGCCUGUGCUGACGCUGGUUUACUUGAUGAGAGCUUUCUGAGAAGAUGUUUGAAUUUUUAUGGCCUUCUCAUCCAGCUGCUGCUCCGCAUCCUGGACCCCGCCUAUCCCGAUAUAACACUGCCUUUAAACUCAGAUGUCCCCAAGGUAUUUGCAGCAUUGCCUGAGUUUUAUGUAGAAGAUGUUGCUGAAUUUUUAUUUUUUAUUGUACAAUACUCUCCUCAGGUGCUUUAUGAACCCUGUACUCAGGACAUUGUGACGUUCCUUGUUGUGAUGUUGUGUAACCAGAACUACAUCCGAAAUCCAUAUCUGGUGGCCAAACUGGUAGAAGUCAUGUUUAUGACCAACCCUGCUGUUCAGCCACGAACCCAGAAGUUUUUUGAAAUGAUCGAAAACCAUCCUCUCUCCACCAAAUUGUUGGUCCCUUCACUGAUGAAGUUUUAUACAGACGUUGAGCACACCGGAGCCACCAGUGAGUUCUACGACAAGUUCACCAUCCGCUAUCACAUCAGCACCAUUUUUAAAAGCCUUUGGCAAAACAUAGCUCACCAUGGCACCUUCAUGGAGGAGUUCAAUUCGGGGAAGCAGUUCGUCCGCUACAUAAACAUGCUGAUAAAUGACACGACGUUUCUGCUCGAUGAAAGUCUGGAGUCUCUGAAGCGAAUCCACGAAGUGCAGGAAGAGAUGAAGAACAAAGACCAGUGGGACCAGCUGCCCCGGGAUCAGCAGCAAGCCCGUCAGUCCCAGCUGGCUCAGGACGAGCGUGUGUCCCGCUCCUAUCUUGCCCUGGCAACAGAAACCGUGGACAUGUUCCAUAUCCUCACGAAGCAGGUCCAGAAGCCCUUCCUCAGGCCGGAACUUGGACCCCGAUUGGCCGCAAUGCUGAACUUUAAUCUUCAGCAACUCUGUGGCCCCAAGUGCCGUGACCUGAAAGUUGAAAACCCCGAGAAGUACGGCUUUGAACCAAAGAAGCUGUUGGACCAACUGACGGAUAUUUACCUGCAGCUGGACUGUGCCCGGUUUGCCAAAGCCAUUGCCGACGACCAGAGAUCCUACAGCAAAGAGUUGUUUGAAGAAGUGAUCUCGAAGAUGCGGAAGGCCGGGAUCAAAUCGACCAUAGCAAUCGAGAAGUUUAAGCUCCUGGCGGAGAAGGUGGAGGAGAUCGUGGCCAAGAACGCACGCGCGGAAAUCGACUACAGCGACGCCCCCGACGAGUUCAGAGACCCUCUGAUGGACACCCUGAUGACCGACCCCGUGCGGCUGCCGUCCGGCACCAUCAUGGACCGCUCCAUCAUCCUGCGGCACUUGCUCAACUCCCCCACAGACCCCUUCAACCGGCAGACGCUGACCGAGAGCAUGCUGGAACCAGUGCCAGAAUUGAAAGAACAGAUUCACGCCUGGAUGAGAGAGAAACAAAACAGUGAUCACUAAACCGUCCCCGUGCCCACCCUCCGCGAGACACAGCCAAGGCCGGCCAGGCAGGCGGGAGCAGCAUCGGCGGUGGAGACGCCCUUCGAUGCUUUUCAGCCCCGCCGGGCAGGAGACGCCAAGAGCCCCCACCCCCCUCCCCCAGAGUGACCAGACGGUGGAGACCUUCGAGGACAUGGACGGCAAGAGGAACCCCAUUCCUGUACAUAUAUUUAAGUGACACACGUGGUCAAAAGCUUGAGGGACACACUUUACGAUUGCUUGUGUAAUAAAGCUCGUCUUCCUAUGUCACCAUUUGGGGCUUUUGCAACGGAAGUCUUUUAGCGAUUGAUGACCAGUGGGUCUGGGCAGCAUCCCAAGUUCAUCUCCCCCCACCCCCACCCCAAGCCCAAUAUCCAUUGAUUUGAUUGUGAUUAGAGAACCUUGGACAUUUUGCUGCUAAAGAAUCCUUCCCCCUCCUCCUCCCUUCCUGACCCGACUUGCACUGCUGUGGAUUUUUUUAAGAGAAGCAAAAACAAAAAAUAUACUCCUUCCCCCCGGCCCUCCAGACAUAUACUCUGUGAGAGAACCGUGCCUGCGACAAAGUGUUAAUCCUGGGAUCGUAUUUUUAUAUCAUAUUCACAUAUUUGUUUUUUUUAAUUGGUGUUAGAUGACAUGAUUAAUAAAAAAGGCAAGAUAUUUUCAGAAUUCGAAUUUCAGUUUUUAUUUUUUUUUUCUUUUGAAAUGUCCCUUUAAAGUUUUUUUAUUCUAAACAAAAUGAAGAGAACCUGUUGCUCUGGUCCUUGGCAUAGGCCUCUCGUAGGAGCCCGAGGAGCAGCUGCAGGGCAGGAAAAAGUAUUCACAUAUAUCAGGAUUUUUACAAGACUUACGGUUUUGGGGGGAGGCGCACGCCGGGGGGGGGUGGCAGUUCCAAACCGUUACAGUUAUCCUAAGAGGGAAAAGAAAUUCCUCAACUCCGGAGUCUGUGAGUUCGAGGAAGGGGGUCAUCUAUAAGACGUAUCCUUUGGGGCUUGCCCUUACCAAAGCAAAAAUGGGGCACAGGAAACGGGGACGCGUGUCUCCCUGUAAACACACACAGACACACCCACACACGCACAGAACCAUAAGACUUUUUGUAUUACUGCUCCCGACUUCAACAUACUUGAAUUCUCGCAUUUCCUGUGGGUUAAAAAAGGAUCUGAAACCAUAAAGUGUUUUGAGGAAAUUAAGCUACGAGAACAGACUUUCUUUUUUUCCUUUUUCCUCCCCCUCCACAGACAAUGUCCUCUGUUCGAUUCCUAACGCAAACUACAAUAAAUGGUGAUACGCAUUCAGAAGGAA